AUGGAACCGGGGUCGAGCUCAGAGCCACUGGACAAGGCUGAGAGGGAGAGGGGACCGAGGGGUGGUGCUGCAAUAGGCUCUGUUGAACCCAAGAUCUCGGCUUUUGUGCCGAGGAGGGAUCACAAUCCAAGAGAGCUGAGAUCUUGGGCCAAAAGAACUGGGUUUGUCUCUAAUUUCUCUGGGGAGACAGCUACUAGUGGCAGUGUGAGAAAUGAUAGUGCUGGGUUUGGUUUGGAGACGGGUUUUGAUGAGAGAGGUGGUGGCGGGUCGUCUCCAAAAAUCGAGAUUGAUCCGGUUUUGGGCCGAACUAAGCCCAGUAAAGGGAUUGAGAUUGAGCCAGCUACUGGUCCUGGACAUGGAGGGGUGAGGAAUGAGAGAGAUGAAACAGUGCGGGGUGAGAGUAAGAGGAGGAGGACUGAGAAUGAGCCUGUUUUGGGUGCUAAAGAUGAUGAUAGAAGAGACUGUGUCAAUGGAAAUGAGAAUAGGAAUGGAAGUGGGAAUGGGAAUGGGCAUGGAGUCACACCAGUUGCUUCAGCAGCUGAGCCGAAGAUAAUUGAUGAUGAGAAAUAUGAAAGAGAUGUAGAGAUGAAUUAUCCAGAUGGUGAAGAACCUGUUCAUGGAGGGUGGGGGAGACCGUCUGCAAUGAAGAUUGGAUUGAGAGAAAAUCCGGGUUUUGUUCCACUAAUGUAUUACGGUCUGCAGCACUAUUUAUCACUGGCUGGGUCCCUUAUAUUCAUCCCCCUGAUCAUUGUACCGGCCAUGGGUGGAACAGAUAAGGAUACCUCCACGGUGAUUUCAACAAUGCUGCUGGUUUCUGGAAUGACAACAAUACUGCACACUUACUUUGGAACUCGACUUCCAUUAGUUCAAGGAAGUUCAUUUGUAUACUUGGCACCGGCACUAGUUAUCAUGAAUGCUCAGGAAUUUCGAAAUCUUACGGAGCAUAAAUUUAGGCAUAUAAUGAGAGAACUGCAAGGAGCUAUAAUUAUUGGUUCGAUAUUUCAGAGCCUCCUGGGAUUUAGUGGUUUAAUGUCUUUAUUGCUGAGAUUGAUACAUCCCAUUAUUGUUGCACCAACAGUUGCUGCAGUAGGUUUAGCGUUUUUUAGCUAUGGCUUUCCACAAGCUGGGAGUUGUGUGGAAAUUAGUGUUCCGCAGAUACUUUUGAUUCUCAUAUUCACCCUGUACCUUCGAGGCGUAUCCAUCUUUGGGCAUCGCUUUUUUCAGAUUUAUGCGGUUCCCUUAAGUGUUAUGAUCAUAUGGACUUAUGCAUUCUUUUUGACAGCCGGUGGAGCAUACGAUUACAAAGGCUGCAGCCCUGAUAUACCUAGUUCAAAUAUCCUAAUAGAUGCUUGCAGAAAGCAUGCAUAUACUAUGACACAUUGCAGGACCGAUGUUUCAAAUGCAUGGAGAACUGCUGCAUGGGUCAGGAUUCCAUACCCUUUACAGUGGGGUCUGCCUAUCUUCCAUUUCAGGACUUCCAUUAUCAUGAUUUUUGUGUCGCUCGUAGCAUCAGUUGAUUCGGUUGGAACAUACCACACUGCAUCUGUGCGUAUUAAUUUGCAGCCUCCAACGCCAGGAAUUGUCAGCAGAGGAAUUGCAUUGGAGGGUUUCUGCAGUAUAUUGGCUGGAAUUUGGGGUUCAGGUACUGGGUCAACAACCUUGACAGAAAAUGUACAUACGAUUAACAUAACGAAGGUGGCAAAUCGCAGGGCCGUGGAACUUGGAGCAGUUUUCUUAAUCUUUUUCUCGUUUAUAGGAAAAGUGGGUGCCAUUCUUGCCUCUAUACCAUUGGCCUUGGCUGCUUCAGUACUGUGCUUCACGUGGGCCCUUGUUGUGGCAUUGGGUCUCUCAACUUUGCAGAAUAGUAGUCAAGCAGCAAGUUUUAGAAACAUAAUGAUCGUUGGUGUUUCAUUGUUCCUCGGUUUAUCUAUCCCAGCGUAUUUUCAACAGUAUCAACCCGAAUCCAGCCUCAUACUGCCUAGCUAUUUUGUUCCCUAUGGAGCAGCAUCUAAUGGACCACUCCAUACGGGCAUUAAACAACUUGACUUCAUUAUAAAUGGACUACUGUCUUUGAACAUGGUGGUGACAUUUCUAAUAGCAUUCGUACUAGAAAACAGUGUUCCAGGCAGCCGGCAGGAGCGAGGGGUUUAUAUAUGGUCACGUCCAGAAGACAUCUCAACCGAUCCAUCUUUGCUUGAAGAUUAUUCCUUGCCAAGAAAACUUUGCAGAUGUCUUUGCCGGGAAAAACAUCUAGGUGUGUGA